GCGACUAGCUUUUCAGAGGAGGUGGAAGUCAGAAGCCCAGACAUGGAGAUGGAAAGCUAUGAGGACUUCUGUCUGCGUAGCAUGGCCAGACUACAGCCGCAGAGCCAGGUCAAACAAGCCGACUGCCUGCCGCCUGGUCCUCUUGAUGCUUUCUCCUUCAUCCACUUCCAUGGACGGGCUGUGUUGUCCCCGCUGCUGACUGUGCAGAAGAGCAGGGAGAUGGCCCAGUACAGGCAGAGGGCUGUCCAGCUGGAGAUGGAGAGGCUGACACAAAACAGGAGUGGCCUGCUGGCCCGGGUUCAGAACAUCCUGGACAAUGCUCAGAAGUUACCAGAGAUGGAGCUGAAAAUGGAACCACAGACACCGCCAUAUUGCUGUUCCCCACCCCCAGCAGUGAGUGGAAAGGAGACUGUAAACGGCUACACCUUGGUCGCCGACUCCCACGGGGUACUCAGCGGAGGUGAACUAGUUGGGCUGCGAAUAGCGGGGCGGCCCCGAACCCCUCCGACGGAUCCCCCCGUCCUCCUGAACGGGCACAGUGCCGAGGAGAGAGAGACGCCCGUAGAGAAGAUUGAGCGGGAGAAGACGGAGGAAGAGGAGGCUGGGAAGGGGCAGGAGGUAAACCUCCAGACUCUUCUGAGGAGGUCCAGGGAGUAUGUGGAGAGAGAGCAGGCCCAGAGGUGUUCAAAGGUUAUCGGCAGGGUCACCCCCAGCACGCCGCCUGCGGAGAACUUCUCCGACAAGGAGAAUGAGAGGCGUGUCCCCCACACGGAGACCAGCCCGGACCUGGGGUGCCGGCUGCGCCAUAAUCCUCCGAGCCCGACCGAGCCUCUCUAUCAAGAGUGUGACCCAUAUGACUCCCGGUUUAGCCUCCUCUCCCCAUGUCCCCCCGACACUUUCCCCCUCAUACCAAGCCCAGAACCCAGUCAGAGCCCCCGCCCCCACCGCCGCAGGCCACGCCCAGUCUCCACCGGCAACAUCUCAAUGUCCUUCCCCAUUGGCCCGUCCGACCUCAUCCCCAGGGGGCUAGCGGGGAGGCACCAGGAGGCCAGUGCUGCCACGGCGACCGGGGGCGGGUCACCGUACCAAGGGCCGGGUAGUGGUAGUGGCUUGCAGGAGGUUUUCCAUGACGGCCAGUUCAGUCGCAGCCCGGUCCGAGAGAAGAGCCCGGUGAGUGCCUCCGGACCCGCUCCUCUUGGGCAUCAUGACAUCAUGGCCACAGGGUUCCGUCGGCGCUGUUACACCCUAGACAGCCAGCUCCACCCGUCCCCGUCUGACUCGAGACCUGCCGUUGACCGCAGCCGGGAGAGGCUACCGCGCUUCAUCGGGGGAGUGCCUCAUUUAACCCCGAGUCGUAGGAGCACUGCGGUUCAGCCGAACCAGCCGUUUGACACCAACAGCCCUUCGCCAGCGCCGCUAAGGACCCACGUGAGACCCUUGACCCCUGACCUCUCUCCCUGCCACCAGCCUCAGGGGCCACACGAAGGAAGGGUCCCAGUUGUCAGUAACUGCCUGGAGCUGCUGGACAGUAAGACAGAGGAGGCCCAGCGACGGGUACGGGCUCUGGAGGACAUGCAGAGGAGACUGGAGGAGGAGCAUGCCUUGCAGAUGUCUUUGCUAAUGGCUGAACAGGAGAGAGAACAACAGCGCCUCCGCCAGGAGCUGGAUGAGAAGGAGAGGAGGCUGAGAGAGCUGGGCCGUGGUCGGCCCCUCAGUGGGGGCAGUGGGCGUGACCGGAGUGACAGCUACCCUUCCUGCCCAGACCUUAGCCCUGCCCUUAGUCCUGACGAUAGGUCACCGGGACACAGUGGCCAGGACAUGGGUAUUCCAACUCCACUGAACUCCAGUGCCCCGUAUGACUCCAUGCAAUCUCCUAUCUACCUGCGGGGUCACACCUGGGGGGCCAGCAAGCCCCGGGGAAGGUUCAGUCAGGUUGUGACUGUUGAACAGCAGAGGGCGCUGUGUCGUUUGGGUGCCAUCGUUCAUGGGUUCCUGACCCGCAGACUGCUCCAAACAGAGAAGGUCAAACACCUACGCCAGACAGUCCAAGACACACAAGAGUUCAUCCGCUCUUUCCAGAGGGAAACUCCACAGAAAAAAGGAGCCAUCUCAGCACAAGACCUGUCUUUACAGGAGAGAGUCAGAGCACAGUUGCGUGCGGCUCGAUAUGACAUCCAUGACAUUUUCUUUGAGAUGCCACUGGAGGAGAGGCUGGCUCUCCUGAAGCUGGACCGGGAGGUGCGCACAGAGAAGAAGCUACGGGAAAUGGAGAAAGCCAGAACCCCUAAGGACAGAGUUCUUUCAACUGCCACACAGAGGUCACUGGACAGGAAGAAGAGGGUGGGUGAAUCACCUGGACAAGUCAGGAAAUCACAGCAGAAGCCAAAGAGCCCUCCCACUAACAGGAUCCUGAAACCAAAUCAGGGUCAGAACGCCCCAGUCUCAGGCCAGCUGAAUAGGCAAGGGAGCUGGUAUCGAAAGGCCCCAGAGGACAAAGUGAAGCGCUUAGACAACCUGAAAAAACAGCACUCCCUUGGCUAGCCGCUUCAUCAUCUGACACCUGACCUCUGACCUUUUUAUCAUUUCCACUAAGAUUCCAACCAAAGUCCUAUAUACACACUAUGACCAAAAUAAUUUGGACACCCGACUAUCACACCUAUAAGAACUUGUUGCUUUUUGGACAUCUCAUUCUAAAACAAUGGGCUUUAAUAUGGAGCUAUAUAAGCCACCACUCUUUGCAGCUAUAACACUCUUCUGGAAAGGCUUUCCACAAGAUCCUAGAACAGGAAAGGGCCUUCCACAAACUGUUGCCACAAAGUUGGAAGCCCAAUUUCCUAAAAUGUCUUUUCAUCCGGUGGCAUUAAGAUGACCCUUCACUGGAACUAAGGGGUCUAGCCCAAACCCUGAAACAACCCUAGACCAUUAUUCCUCCUUCACCAAACUUUACAGUAGUUACUAUGCUUUCCGGUAGGUAACGUUGUCCUGUCAUCCGCCACACCCAGAUUCGUCCAUCAGACUGCCAGAAAGUGAGGUGUGAUUCAUCACGCCAGAAAACACGUUUCCACUGCUCCAGAGUCCGGUGGCGGCGAGCUUUACAUCCCUUCAGCCAACGCAUGGCAUUAUGCAUGUUGAUAUGAGGCUUGCGUAGAGCUGCUUGGCCAUGGAAACUCAUUUCGUGAAGCUCCUGACACAGUCCUUGUGCUGAUGUUACUUCCAGAGGCAGUUUGGAACUCAAUGGUGAGUGAUGCAACAGAUGUUAGGUGAUGGGUGCUUUUACACACUACCUGCUUCGGCACUUGGCGAUCCCGCUCUGAGUUUGCGUGGUCUACCACUUUGUGGCUGGGCUGUUGUAGCACCUAGAUGCUUCCAUUUCACAAUUAUAGCACUUUCAGUUGACUGGGGCAGAUCCAAUGGGGCAGAAAUUUCCCCAACUGACUUGUGGCAAAGGUGGCAUCCUAUGACAGUACCACAUUUAAAGUCACUGAGCGCUUUAGUACGAUCCUUUGCACUGCCAGUGUUUGUCUAUGGAGAUUUCAUGGCUAUUUGUUGGAUUUUAUGCACCUGUGUGCAAUGGAUGUGGCUGAAACACCUGAACUCAAUAAUUUGAAAAAAGAUAGAAAUGUGUCCACAUUUGGCCAUAUAGUGUUUAUAUACAUUUUGGCAAAUCGGUUGGAAGAUUCCAAGUGUGCCAUUUUUUCAUUAAAACUAAUUUAUUGUCAAAACUGUAAAGUCGUCCAGUGCAUGUCGAUAGCUAUUGCUGGCAGUACAGCAUAAUUGCAUAUACUGUAGCCUAGGCUUGACGUUUCCUGCAUGCUAAUCAAUAAAAAGUGCAAUUUCAAAACUCCAGUUAGUUUGUUAAUGGCCCGUCAGUUGAUUAGCAUUUGUCAGAAGCACUCUUUUUACAUCACCAAAUUAUUGAGAGAAAAGGCACUUAGAAUCAAGCUGUCCUUAAACCUGGCCAAACUCUCACGUGACUCUGGAUCCACCACCACCAAUCCUGCUGGUCCAUCAGCUCCCUCUGAUGGUGGCGUAGAACCCCCUAUUAUCGGCAUUGCCAACAGCAGUUCUGAAAAAUAUCUUAUUGUACUGAGUAAUAAUUUGAUCAAAUUGUUAAUGUUUAGUUAUUAUUAGAGAUAAACAAAUGUUAACGAGCAUGUUUUUAAUUAUCAUUUCUGAAAUUCCAGUGGAAAUAUUUAUAUUUUUAGCUAGUUGGUUAGCGACGUGACUAAAAAAUAUGAACCCUGUGAUCGGCCACCUUACUAUUUUGUUCAAUACAAUUUUAUUUCCUUUUUAUUUGUGUUACAAAUGACUGAUCACAGUUUUCUUUAGAAACAAUUCACUAGAAAGUUUUAGCUACCUUUCCUGCCUUCUGGUGAAGAAGAAAAAGACUGAUAACUUUGAUAAUACAUGAUGAUGUCUGGUCUGUUGCAGAAAUCGAAUUUCACGAUUUGCAACUUGUCUAAAACUAUUUCUCAAAAAAACUUAUCUAACCUCCAUACACCUCUAUAAAAAAUGGUGGUGGGUUUUCCAGUGCAUUUAAACUUUGCACUUAUUUAGUUCUCCAACCUCUAGAAACGGCCAAUAAUAGGUGGAGGUUAGCUACAGUUCAGUGCUCUGGAUUGGUACCAGAACUUCAUAUGUCAUGGACUGUACCACUAUUACAAAUGUGUGAACAUUGGAUGUAUUCCAUAGUCUCUGCUCUGCAAUAUUUUGCCACGACAAUUCGUGUUUAAUCGCUGCUAGCUGAUGUGCCAUAUUCCAUGCUGUUUCACUUGCAAAGGCUUUGUAGCCAAAAGCCUUGCCUAGGGGAACAAAAGUGAGGCUGAAGGUUUGAAAUUAACUUAUAAAUGACAUGACAAAAGUAGGUUCUGUGGAAUUAGUUUUAUUAUUCAAGGUUGUGGUUAGCCUGCUGGCAGGUGUUGCAAACUCUUCAUUCACAAACCUCUUAAAGACUGAGAUGUUCAGAUAGAACUGAACUUUUAUAACUGGUGUUCCUCUCCUGCUCACUCACAUUUACACAGUCACACAAACAUUUUCUUGCUCAUCAUUUGCUAUUGUAUCUUCACAAUGUCAAAUUACCUGGUUGCUCCUAAUAAUUUAGAUACAGUAGUUGCCAUGAGCUGUAAAAAAUAAUUUAAAUAUAUUUUGUUUUUCAGCUAAAGGGCUAAGAGGACUUCCUCUGGUUCAUGGUGCUGAACAUAGUAAAGCUUUUAUCAGUCUGAAUGAUCUGAAUUGUAACAUCUCAGUGUGUUUGUAUGUGGUGUGCGCAAUAUAUCGGUUUUCCGUUGAAACUUCAAUGUGUAAAUGUCCUGGUUGAAUGUUGUCACAAUAUUUAGGUAGUCCCAUAUUGAUGAUUUGCAGAUGGUUACACUGUCGGCUAUCAAAAGUCUGGAUUUGAAACUUUAGGUAAACCUUGUUAUGCUUAGUAAACUCUCCACAGGUUUUACCCUCUCUCAUUAGAGCAGGAAAGGGUGUGGCCCUGCUUGCCGAGGAUACUUGUAGGGUUCAGAACAAGGUUUUAGGAAUAGGGCUUGAUUUACAGAUACAUUUCGGAUACAGGUUAGGGUCAGGGCCAUUUAUAAAAGUAUGUAAUCAGUGUACAGUAGGUGGACACAAUCAGCCAAAAUAAAAUCACGACUUAAAACCUUAAUUUCUAUAGUAAUUUAUUUAGUACGAGUAGUAAAAACAUUUCAUACAUAUUGGCUUCUGCAGGAGGAUUUUGUAGUUCAGAAUUUUUAUCAUACCAUAUUUUUAACAUGCAAUAUGUUUUAACUAAAUCUCAACAUAAUAGUAAAGAAAAUACAUAUGAAUCACAUUGAAUGUUGGUACAACCUCCCCUUUUUACAUCACCAAAAUGUUGGUAAAAAGUACAUGAUUUUCAAAUGUCCAAAAAAUACACAAAACAGAAUGUUUUCAAACUAUAACGUGUAAUUGAUAAUAGGUUAAAACAGUUAUAACCUAUAACUUUAAAAUCUACAGUAGACCUAAAGCGUGAAAUGUCCACCUUUUGGAUGAACGGUAAGUUGUUAAGAAACACAUCCAGGUCUAAAUGCAUGUAUAAAAACUUUCACCCUUAAUAAAAUAAAACAUCAACACAUGAUUGCUAUAUAA